UCCGCCAUGGAACCAGUAGAGACCUGGACACCCGGGAAGGUGGCAUCCUGGCUGCGAGGCCUCGAUGAUUCCCUGCAGGACUACUGCUUUGAGAACUGGGAGCUGCCUGGCAAGUACCUCCUCCAGCUCUGCCCCCGUAGUCUUGAGGCUCUGACCGUGUGGCCUCUGGGCCACCAGGAGCUCAUCCUGGAAGGGGUGGAACAGCUCCGAGCCCUGAGCUCUGGGCUACAGACAGAGAACCUGCAGAGCCUGACAGAGGGGCUGCUGGAGGGGACCCGUGUCUUCCAGAGCUUAGCCCAAGGCCGCCUGGGGAGCUGUGCUGAGCCCCCUGCCGAUGUCCUCAGUGCAGCUGUGGACCUGGUGCAUGAGGCCCGUACCCUCCUCUUCUGGCUCAACAGGUACCUCUUCACCCACUUAAACGACUUCUCAACCUGCCAGGAGAUCGGGGAGUUGUGCAGGAAGCUGGGCCAGGCCUUGCAGGAGGACUGUCCAGCAGCUGAGAAGGAGAGCCAAGUCCUGAGGAUUUGCAGCCACGUGGCCGGGAUCUGCCAUAACAUCCUGAGCUGCAGCCCCCAGGAGCUGCUGGAGCAGAGGGCUGUGCUAGAGCGUGUGCAGCUGGACGAUCCUCAGGGCCUGGAAAUCCAUACUACCAGCAACUGCCUGCAUUUUGUGUCCCGAGUGGGCACCCAGGUCCCUUCCAACUUCCGGCUGCAGAUCCUGCCUGGAGAUGAGAUUGUUCAAAUCAAUGAGCAGGUGGUGGUGGGCUGGCCCCACAAGAAUGUGGUGAGGGAGCUGUUUCGGGAGCCAGCCAGGGUCAGCUUAGUGCUGAAGAAGGUUCCGGUACCGGAGACACCCCCACAGACCCCUCCUCAGGCCCUGGGCUCCCCACAGCUGAGGGUCCCAUUGCUGCCUCUGGCUCCACUGUCUUUCAGGUCCCCAUCCGAAGACAUCUUUGCCUUCAACCUGACUUCAAACCCAAGUCCUGGGCCCAGCCCUGCCUCAAUAGACUCUGCCUCCCUUGACCCUGAGCCCCUGUGCAACACCCCUGCACCCCCAGCCACACGCCCCACAGGGGUAGCAGCAGAGACUCGUGGACCCUCAGUAGACAAGAGUCCUGCCCCUGGGCGGAAGAAAUCAAAAGGUGUGGCGACGCGGCUGAGCCGCCGGCGGGUGUCAUGCCGGGAGCUGGGCCAGCCAGACUGCGAUGGCUGGCUCCUGCUGCGCAAGGUGCCCGGGGGCUUCAUGAGCCCUCGCUGGCGCCGCUGCUGGUUUGUGCUCAAGAAACACACGCUCUACUGGUACCGCCAGCCCCAGGAUGAGAAGGCUGAGGGCCUCAUCAAUGUCUCCAACUACAGUCUGGAAAGUGGACAUGAUCAGAAGAAAAAAUAUGUGUUCCAGCUCACCCAUGAUGUGUACAAACCCUUCAUCUUCGCUGCCGAUACCCUGACAGAUCUGAGCAUGUGGGUGCGCCAUCUCAUUACCUGUAUUUCCAAGUACCAGUCUCCAGGCCGGGCUUCCCUACCCCAAGAGGAAGACUGCUACAGUGAGACGGAAGCAGAAGACCCUGACGAUGAGGCUGGGUCCCGCUCAGCCUCGCCCAGCCCUGCCCAAGCUGGGAGUCCAUGCCAUGGGGACACAUCACCUGCAGCCAGCCCCAUGCAGGGCAGCCCACAGACCUCCUUAGGCCUUCCAACAGACGACGGUGAAGGGGCAUUGGAAGGAAUGGUACGGGGGCUGAGGCAGGGUGGGGUGUCCCUCCUGGGCCAGCCACAGCCCUUCACCCAUGAACAAUGGCGGAGCUCUUUCAUGCGGCGCAACCGUGACCCCCAGCUCAACGAGCGGGUGCACCGUGUGCGGGCACUCCAGAGCACACUCAAGGCAAAGCUGCAGGAGCUGCAGGCCCUGGAGGAAGUGCUGGGCGACCCCGAGUUGACUGGAGAGAAGUUCCGACGGUGGAAAGAGCAGAACCAGGAGGUCUACUCAGAGGGCCUGGAGGCCUGGGGAGUGGUGCAGGCUGAGGGCAGCUCCCAAGUCCUGACCUCUGACUCCAGAGAACAUUCUCCUCAACCCCUGCCCUCUGACCCUGAGGAGCACUCCCAUCUCUGCCCCCUGACCCCGGAGAACAACCUCCAACCUUCUGACCUCUGACCCUGGCCAGCACCUAGCUCCUGACCUCUGGCCUUGAGGACCACCUCCAUCCCUCAGCCUCUCACAUGCCUAGGACAGAGCAUCCUUGGGUUCUGUUCAAGGUUAGAAGUAGAAGUGGUCCAUUGUUUCACCCCAAGCUACCCCCCCCUCUGCCUGAAUGUCCACCAUUUCUGCUCCCUCCUUCUCUGGAGCAGGGUAAAGCGAGCUCUGUGCCACCCUCUCCCCCCUUGGCAAUGAAGGAAUGGGAUGCCGGGCUGAAAGAAACUUCCUCCGAUCCAUCCUCUGAUCUGUGGGGGCAUAAAGCUGCCCUCCUCGGUCCUUCAGCACUUCUCCCCUCCCCAAACCAGUCUGUACAGGUGUUCUUCACUUUACA